AUGAAUCACCCAUUAACUGCACAACUGUUGUUAUUUGAUACUGUUGUACCAGUUGUAAAAACUGCUACUUACUUAGGUCUAAAAUAUAGUGCUAAUUUCCUUUGGAAAGAGCAUGUAAAAUGUGUCAGAGGGAAAACUAGGACUAAAGACAAAUACAGAGUAGUAUAUUCAGAUCAUCAACGCCUGGAACUGGAAAAAGAAUUUCACUACAGCAGAUACAUCACAAUAAGGAGGAAAUCUGAACUAGCAAGUAUGUUGGGUUUAUCUGAACGGCAAGUGAAAAUAUGGUUUCAAAAUAGAAGAGCGAAAGAACGAAAACAAGCGAAGAAAAGAGAAGAACUGAUCCAGAAAACCAAAGACCCUUUGAUACAUCAGCAAGCGAAUCCUAUGAGUAUUGCUACGCUAAGCCUUUAUAAGCCAAUGGUCCCCUAUGAUCACGAGAACAACAUGUAA